AAGUUGGAUUUUUGGUGCAUGAAGUAAGUCUCUGGACUCCGGGACAGACAGAUACCAAGACGAACUCACAAUCAACCAAGGCUACACGAGGAAGGAACUGCGCUCAUCGCAAGGCUUCCUUUUCUUCUUCUAGAUAGAUAUAUGCCCUCGAUUGCACCCUUUCAAAAAAAUCUAUCCGUAGAUUCUUUUUGGGAAAAGGAACGAAGAAGGCUUAUCGCACGCACGUCGCACAUCACACAUCACACAUCACACAUCAACACCCUCUCUCAUUAUUCAUGCACGACUGCAACUAGAAAUUCAUCUCACGAUCCACUUCGUUCUGGAUUUCAAUUCCGUCAGCCUAGCCUACCUGUCUACCUAUCUACCGGUCUGUCUGUCUCCGUACACUUCCUUUCGACUAGAUUAAAUGUGAACGAUUCGAUCUUUCAAAUCAAAAAGAAGGGAUUUAUUAGAACCGACAGAGAAAGAGAGAGAGGAAGAAGAUAGAAGGAAGAAAUCAAUACAAUCAUAAUUUAUCAUUUACCUACCUACCUACCUACCUACCUACGUUUUCAAGAAGGAUUCACUCAACACAUCUACCCGGAACAACUUCCAAUAUAUUCCAUUCCAAUCCCAAUUCUAAUUCGAACUCGAAGUUUCAUUCUUAUUCUUCCUUCUCAGUACGACACAAUACCGGGACUUUUCGAUAAGAGAUCCUAAAACUUUAUGCGAAUUCAAUACUACGACACCCAACAUAAUCAGAGACGGGUACUACAGAACCACAACCUUCCUUCGACUCAAAUUCGAAUUUUUAAUCCUUCUUUACCACGAGGAAUAAUACUACCUCAAUUUCGAUAAUUCUUCAAAGACCUUCUACAAUAACAUGUUUUAAUACGACUUUAAUACUAAUUUCUCAGACUUUGCCUUAACUUUUGUCGCAUCCGGCCAUUCCUUCGAAAUUCUACUCCUAGUUACAUUCAACUCUUCAAAACUACCUAUCCCAAUCCAAAUAUGAUUUUGAUGGAAGGAUUAAUGCUGGUACCACCUGAAAGGGGUACAAUUAUUGGAAGAGCAGUAUGGAAGGUAAAUAUAUUUUCUAGAGCAUUCAUCUGCCAUUCUAUUCCGAUUGUUUGUCUGACAAAAUUUCCAUCAUUUCAAUAGCCUCGAUAUGUUGUCCUUGGAUCCGGGGCACAUCUACAAACACAAACCGAACUCCUCGAAAAAUCAAAUUCAAAAAAGGGAAAAUCAAUCAAAUCGGCGUCUACAAAACCAAGCUUGGUGGAUUUGGGAAAGGGAUCAGAAGGAUUAUUCAUUUCGAUCUACAAGGCAAAGGUAUAGUUUAGACUUGUUCCCUUUUUCAUCUGCCUAUAAUGGCAAGCUCCAAACCCUUCAUAGCUCGCCGCAUUCGCUAUUCUAAAAGAUAUCACAAGCGCUCUUGUAGUGUGUCCUCGCGGCAGCGGAUUCUGGAGCUAGCGGAUCAUCACUCAGUGGAAAAAAUGAGGGGCACAAAGGUUCUAACUUGACUAUCAAUAGGGCGAUUGGGAAUACAUUGCGCAACACCCAAUAUCUUCUUUUAAAUCCUGCGAAAUUCGUGCAUUAACACAUCGAAAACAAGCUACACCAUUGCCCACGCUUGUAUUGGAAUUCAAACCAGAUUCGAUAUCAGAAAAGCAACGAAAGAGAAGAUCAAGUCGAACAGGGGGGUUAACUUCAAACAGGGAUUCGCAAUGGCUGGAUACACUUCUAUUUCGAUCAGUUCCUGAGGAUCGCAACAAUAUUUAUGAUUGGCAAAUUACUAUCAAACCAAGAUUGCAAAUUGAUGAUAAUGAAGAGAGUCCAAUGAGUCCUUUAAGUCCGAUAUUCACAUCUUUCACCAAUCCAUUUUCACCAAGAGAUCCAAGACCUUCAUCUCGAAAUGGUAGACAAGAUCAACAAACUCGCCCACUUUUCCAAUCCUCGGGACCAUGCGCUCAAACCUCAAGAGAUCGUCCCACGGCAUUAAUAUCUCCUUCUCCUAGUCUUCGUUCCCAUCGCUCCGACAUUUCUUCUCAAGCAAGUUCAUCUCAUCCAUUAACAGGCUUCACAUCAGCCCAUCCACAGCCCAUCAAUACAAAUUUGCCAACGGAUCUACCCUCCCCUGUUUCUGUGUCUGGUUAUGAUAAUUUUAUCGAAGGAUGGACCACUGCGCAAGGAAGAUCAUCGGCACUAUCUCAUCAUACUAGAGGAAGUAAUAGUAUUGCUUCCGCUAUUGCACCUCCACUUACUUCACCUAUCACAACAUCACCAGGACCAAGAGAAACAAUUUUGGAUAGAGCAUUUCAAAUGAGAUGUAUACCUGGAAGUGAAAGAUUGAAAGAUGAAGAGGAGAAAGUUAGUAGUAUUGCUCGAUUUGAAGCAUUAAUGAGAGAACAAGAUGAAAGGUUAUUGCAAAAAUCAGCGACUGAGAGGGAUGGAAGAUAUAGACCUGGUUGGGAACUCGAGGAAGAAUCUGAGGAAUCUGAUAAUGAUGAUCCUGCUAAUGUUUUAGAACAAUUGGAUAGGCAUGAUAUACUUAUGCCUACUCCUGCACAACGAGCAUUGGAUUAUAUCGCUGGACGACAGACUCCCUUACCUAGGACGAGUAGCUCUAGUUCAAGACCUAUGUCACCUAAUAGUCCACCGGUUCCUUCCCUAAAUCGAGAUGCUAUGAAUGCUCUUCAUAGUGGUUCAAGCUCAACCAACCAAAGUUUCUGUUCGCUUGGAAAUUCCCUUCGCCCACGUACUGGAACAACCUCAUCACAUAUGCGUAAAAAUAGCCGACCAUCGUCUUUCGCAUUACCAUCAAGAUCUAUUUCUACAAAUGCCGUACCGUCUUCAAAUGAUAGUGGAAGUGGAAGUUCUGGCUUGGCUCCUAGCAAAGCUGAAAAGGAUAAGAGAAGAAGUAGUACAUCUACGAAACGACUUUCUUUUCAGGAAUUCGCGAGGAGAUUAAGUUCAACUAGUUCACUUCUUUUGGUUCAAACAAAUGCUAGUUCGAAUUCUGGAAGAGGUGAUAGUUUCAGGGAAAAAGAUGAUUCUAGACGAGGAAGCGUUAGUGAUUAUGGUCUGGAAAGUCCUCCGGAACUUGCAGAGGAAGAUGAUAUGGAUGGAAGAAGGGGAUUGAGAAGUAAUAAUGGGUCAAGUUUGAGAGGUGGAGAUGUUCAGGGUGCGGAUCGGGACGUGAAGAGGUGCGGUGGGGGAUUUAGGGGUAUGGGUGUUUUUGGUGGAGAAGGAGGAUUCCUCUAAUUCUAAUAAGAGGCAGGGAAGGCAGAGGAAGGCAGAGGAAGAUUGCAUAUUUGCUUUGAGCGUCUUUUCCUUUCAUUUCUUGUUUUUUUCUUUUUUAAAGCGAUGAUACCUUAGAUGACUUUUUUUUCUUACGGUUUUACUUAAGGUUUCGGACCUAUAGUUUUAGUUUUUCGGAACACAGCCGAGGCGAGAUGAUUGAGAUGAAGAUCAUGGGAUGGCGUUCUUCUGUGGCUUCUUCAAUCUCCAAUCUUUCUUAGGGGAAUGAAAUUUUUGAAGGAUUUCUUCUCGGGGUGAAGAUGAUCAAUCGAUUGAUCUUCUGGUGGUUUGGAAAAAAAAACAUAGUGUACGAUGGUUGCAUUGGAUCGGUAGGAGAAUGCACACAUAAUAUGGCUUUUUAUGUAUUUAUGUAUGAUUACCCUUCAGAUGGAUUGCCACUUUUUCAUCGAAUGGGAUUAGGGAUAGGGAUAGGGAUGUCUAUGGUUUGGAUAAGACUUUGGGAGGAAUGGUCGGAAAAUUGGGG